UUUGCUAUCAUACUUUUUGUUCUCUUCAGAGCAUUUCGUAUCUUUUUGGAAAAUUCUUCAAACACGUUUAGAUUUUCAGUUGGGAUUUCCCGCGUUAGAAGCCGACGUGAGUCAGGCAGUCGUAUUUCAGUCACAAGCAUGCGGCAUUUGUUUGAAAGAAAGUCUCAUACCAUCCCAGAUGUCUAGUUGGACAUGUUGCCUAACAGAGUGCAACCUUCAGAGCUAUUUGGCUCAAUGAGUCACAACUCUGAUUGGUCUCGUGACUCGCAGUUUAGCGAGCCAUCUAGCUCUCAGUCUCUUUUUUCUCAAACGAAUUCACGUUCCGAUUAUUCUCAGUCGUUGAGUCAACAGCCCGUUGGAGGAGAACAGACGCGUACAGAAGAUGACAACCUUCAGCUGAAUUCUUGCUACUUGAACUACAUGUCUAAACCUCCUCUGUUCAAGAAAUCAUCUCACAAAAGCAAAGUUACAAGUGAACCUCCUCUCAGUGAAAUAUUGAAACUUAAGUGUCAAACUCAAGAGAAAGACAACAAAGCUGUGUUUGAGUCAUUGUCUAGCUUGGUUAAGCAAUGCACAUCAGAGAUUCAAGAAAGUCUGGAGUCAAUUCGUGGUUUGGUGAGGUCAAAGUUUGAUGCCAUAGAGUCUCAGUCAUUAAGAGCAACGUCUGAAAUGAAGGAUAUGAUAACUGCUCAACGUAAUGGAAUAGUGGAAGAAUCGGCGUACAGACGGGAACAAGAGUUGAAAAUUGAACACUUAGCAAAGGAACUGGCAUUGAAAGAUGAGAAAAUCACUGCUUUGUUUCGAGAUUUCCAGUCGAAUGAUGAGAGAAGAAAUGAGUUAGCUAGCCUUACAGACAACAUGAGGGAAUGUGAAAAGGAAAUCAGACUGCAAAGACAAUUGAUUGGCAAGGAGAUGCAAGAGGCGAUUAUGUCCAUUGUAUCACAAUUGAGAAGUGGCAGCAAUACUUGUAGACACACAGAGACUGUGAAUGAAACUGUACAUACAAAACAAAUAGAGAAACGACUGGAGUUACCAAAAGCAGAGAUAAGCGUCAGUGGCGCAAUGAACGAGAGUCCGUUGUUAAACAUAACUGGUUCAAUUGAUGACUGCUCUGCAUCUGAUCACACUGUGCCAAGUUGUGAGAGAACCCCCUUAGGGUCUGAUAAUGUUGGUUAUGAUGGGUUCUUUUCUCCCACUUCAUCAUCCUCCAGCUUGUCAAAGUUGUCCAACCAUAGAAGUGAAAGAAAAUCAAGUCGUCCUUUGAGGCACACUAAGGUGGUAUUUGUGAAAUCUCAUUCAUGCAAAGGCAAUCAACAGCAACAAAGACACAAAGUCAAACCACUAUCUUCAAGAGUUUUAGCACAGCUAGAUAAACUAGAUGAAGACACGGUUGAAAUAGGAUCUGCAUCUGACAGACCUGCAAGUGACAUGCGUGAUGACAACUCUGUUUCUGUUGUUUCUGCGUCAAGUUCUGCCACUUGUCUUAAAGACAGCAGAGUUGGAAAGGGAAGAACAAGGCAGAAGCGGCCGCUCAUUGUAGAGCCUGAAUCUGAUGAAACUGCUCGCCAUAUGUCAAAAUUAGGAGCCAUGCUGUCUCACAGAUCAAGACCAAACUAAUAGUUCCAUGAAGAGCUCAUUUUGAAAUGUAGCAAAAGGUGCAACAGUAUGAACCAUUGUAAAUUGUUUGACUGCAGGAACUGUAUGCUUAAUAACCCCAUAUUCUGUGGCUUCUUUACAUCAUACAAAUAGUAACAUGAAUAUCAAUAUGCUCAAGUAUGUAAGGGUCUGGUGAUCUUUGGCAUGCAGAUAUGAGCAUUUG